UUUUCCUGUCAGUUGAUUCAAGUAACGCGAUAAUAACACACCACUAAAAUUCUAGUUGUGCAUUGCUUGUGCGGACAUUUCUUUUUGUUGUAAAGCAAUUUGUAGUGAGACAAUAUUUAAACGGCGUAAGACUAAUACAAAAAAUUGCUAAUUGGUUAAAAUACUUGCGCAGUGCAGAGUAAAUGUUACUAAAUCAAAGUUGUACAAGUGUUUACCAAUAACAAUAACAAGUCAAACUAAUUUGUUGUACGCGCAACACUACUUGCUAUUAGCCAGUACAUAGAUACUUAUAGGAAGCAGGUACCGACACACUCGUUCGCUUGUUAUGGCGUCCAGUGUCAGAUAAUGGCAGCGAAUUAUUAAAAAAUGUGAUAUUAUUGUGCAAGAAAUUGGCAAAAAAAGAAAGGAUUGAGCUAAGUGCUUGUGCAAAUAUUGUGAAAAUUAUAAAAAAUUCGUGUAUAUGAAAAAUUGCCGUGACUUGUGUGUUGAGUUAUUAAAUUUUCGCUUUGCUAUCUUUGCCUUUGCUUUGUGCAAGUGAAGGAAUUCGGCGUCGCUGCCGAUUGUGCGGAUUCUUGUGGUAAAGCAGGCUUAGCAGGCAACAGAUAUUUGGAAAACAUCAACGCUGACCGUUGACCAAUUGCAAGUGUAAAUUCCAGCGACGAUUCGAACAACAAUAACAAAAAGCGAAUGCGCACAAUAAAUGUGAAUUUCUGCCGCAAAAUCAACUGAAUAUUAUAAAUUCACGAAGGAGUCGGAAUUUUCCACUGUAAAGGACGGCAAAAUGCCACGCAAUGGCUGUGAGGCCAAUGGAGGCGUUGCUAACGAAGGUUGCGCUUAUCCCGAUGAGCUGAUCAUGGAGCAGGGCGUCUCCUUCAAUGUGCGGUACACCGGCUGCGUGGAGGUGAAAACUUCAAUGAAAUUGCUGAACUUCGAAACGAGAACCAAAGUUGCGCGUGAAUGCAUCAAUCGUGUCUGUGCAGCGGCUGGCCUCAAAUCGGCCGGCAAGCGACGCGUGGACAAGAAGAUAUUGCACUACAUCUCGGAUCGGCCGCACAUGCAGAAUGCCGGCACAAACGUCAUCAUCAACGUGUCAAGUCGUGCGCUGGAUUUGGUGAACGCCGAGACGGGCCAACGCAUAGCCAGUCACAAUAUGCCACACAUAUCUUUUGCAUCCGGCGGCGAUUCGGACACGUUGGACUUUCUGGCGUACAUCGCCAAGAAUGAGGACGAGUGGCGCGCCUGCUACGUGCUCGAGUGCAUCGGUGGACAGAGCGAAGACUUAAUAUUGACAAUCGGCAAAGCGUUCAUGUUGCGCUUUAAUGCAAUCAAGCACUUGAAAAGCCAAGCUGUUUUGAACCUCAACACGCCGGCGGAGAAUAUCAAGGACUACUACAAUGACUUGCCCGACAAAUUACCGCCGGACUUGCUGAGCGAGAACGAUCUGCCGCCGGAAUUACAAAAGCAAUUGCUGCUGCAACAUCAACAGCAGCAACAACAACAACAACUACAACAACAGCAGCAGCAACAAACACAAUUACCUCAACACCAAGUGGGCCAGCUGAAUUUGAAGAAGCCACGCGAUCGUCUCAGCAGUAAUCUCAUCGACCUAAACAGUCCACCGCCGGAUCAGACCACGACCAAAAUGAAUCUCAGCAAUUUCGAUCCAAUGGCCGAUACAGAGGGCGCUUGUGCGCAACCACAAGCACUCGUGCGUGACGUCUUCGAUAUGCAACCCUUUUCGCUGUCCGCCGAAGUGCAGCGCUCUCAACUCAACACCGAACUGUGGUUCCAUGCGGGCAUCAGUCGCCAAAUUGCCGAAGGUAUGCUCGAAAACGAUGGUGAUUUUCUUGUACGCGAGUCACAGGGUAAACAUGGUCAAUACGUGCUUACCGGUUUGGAGGUGAAGACACCCAAGCAUCUGCUGCUAAUCGAUCCGGAAGGCGUGGUGCGCACAAAGGAUCGCAUUUUCGACAGUAUUAGCCAUUUGAUAAACUAUCAUUGGGCUAAUGCUUUGCCGAUCAUUUCCGAAGAUUCUGAAUUGGUAUUACGCAAUCCCGUGUUACGGCAAACGGCCACACAGCAACAACAAGCACAAACAGCAAUUACAGCGCAUCAUCAUCAUCACACACAGCAACAACAACAACAGCAACAUGCACACCAUGCGCGUUCAGUUGUGAAUUCUUGAUGAACCCCCACGUGAGCCUGUAGAAAAUGUUGAGAUUCUUAGUGAUUAAGUACAUAUAAUACAUACAUACUAUAUAGUAGUUAGUAAGUAGUUAGUUUUAAGUUGCACGCAACGUGGACAAAACGUGAAAAAGUGUUUGUAUCAGAAUGUAUUUUGUAUGUGUAGUGUUAUGCGCAUAAUUUUCGUAAAUUUUUAAAAAUAUUUUUUUUUUUAUGUUUUUAUUAAAUGCUUUCAGUUGUAUUUUUAUUUGUUAUUUUUAGCAUUUUACUUUUCAUCAAUUAAACGCACAUUUGUUAGUAUUUUAUUACAAAAAAAAAUAAAUU